AUCAAUUUCGGACACCUAUUACUCGGGCGGCCACCACCUCAUUCGGUCUCUUGCUCUCUCCCUCCUUGUGCACAGCCAUGUCUAGACGCUUCCAGCUGCCCCCCAUCCUCUCCUUCCUAAUCACCGUGCUGAUCAGCGGCACGGCGUCGGCAGACACGCCGGACUGCCCAUACCCGUGCCUGCCGCCGCCAUCCGCUGCAGGAGCCAUCAACGGCUACCCGCCACCGCAACCGUCCACUGGAGGCGGCGGCGGCCUCGGCGGCAGCUAUCCGCCACCUCCGCCAGGGAGCUUCCAGCUGACCCCGCCGGGAGCGAUGCCCGCGGGCUUCUCCCCACCGUACAGUGGAUUCCCCUCUGGGCCAGCCCCGCCGCCGCCGAACCCCGUCCUCCCGUGGUUCCCGUGGUACUACCAGCGCACCAACCCGAUCACGGGGUCGACGACGUCGGCGUCCUCACCUGCCAUGGACGCCCGGUGGACAGUCACAGUCGCGGUGCUUUUCCAUCUGCCCUUGCUCGUUCUUCUUCGUGUUCUGUAGAGAGUACCUGGCUACCUGCAGCCGAUAGGCGAGUUAAUUAAGGUGCUUCGUUUUGCUAUUUUAUAAGUGCUAGAAACGUGUUAUAUAUAGAAUAUAUUACUUAAGUUUGUGAAGUAGUGUUAUUUUAUUUUUGGUGUAAUUUAUUUUGUCUGUGAGUGACCCCUCACAUGCAUAUCGCUCUUUUUUUACUGUAUUCUGAGCAAAGUUUUACAUGGUUAUCAUGAUCA